GUGUUUAUGUGUUUUUAAUGUUUAUAGGUUUGAUGUGACAGUGCUGAUCCCAAAGAGAGUAGGUGUGUCAGAUUAGCUCACUGUGAAGGAGGUUAGAGGCUUAAAGAGUUUCUGCUAACUACCCAAGCUCAUAAAUGUCUCCAAAUGGCUUUUUCGUUUUUAUGGGGCCAAUCCUCAAAUCCCCACAUACAUAAAAGGGUUGAGAGCAAUCCACUAGCCUCAUUGGACUCUCAGCUCCUGUCACCCCUAUUCUGAGAUCGCCCUUCUGCUCCCCCAAGAAGCCAUCAUGUCUUGCCGCUCCUACCGAGUCAGCUCUGGCCGCCGGAUGGGCAACUUCAGCUCUUGCUCCGCCGUGGCACCCCAGAGCAUGAAUCGCUUCCGGGCCAGCUCUGCCUCCUGCCGCAGUGGAUCCAGCUUCCGGGGUCAUGGUGGCUUUGGGAGCAGGAGUGUCGUCUCCUUCGGAUCCUGCUCACCCCGGAUGGCCAUGGGGUGCCCUCGUCCCAUCCGCUGUGGAGUUGGCUUCGGUGCUGGCAGCGGAACGGCCUAUGGCUUUGGUGAUGGGAGCUGCGCUGGUCUAGGCUUUGGUGCCGGUAGCAGCGUCGGUCUGGGGUUUGGGGCUGGCGGUGGCUUUAGCGGUGGUUUCGGUGGCCCUGGCUUCGGCUACAGGAUUGGUGGUGGUGGAGUGCCCGCUGCCCCCUCUAUCACAGCAGUGACUGUCAACCAGAGUCUGCUGACCCCCCUCAACCUGGAGAUUGACCCCAAUGCCCAGAGGGUGAAGAAGGAUGAAAAGGAGCAAAUCAAGACCCUGAACAACAAAUUUGCCUCCUUCAUCGACAAGGUGCGCUUCCUGGAACAGCAGAACAAGCUCCUGGAGACCAAGUGGAACUUCCUCCAAGAGCAGAAAUGUGCCAGGAGCAACAUGGAGCCCCUCUUUGCGAGCUACAUCAGUAACCUGCGGAGGCAGCUGGACAUCGUCUCCAAUGACCGGGCCCGGCUCGAGGCUGAGAGGAACCACCUGCAGGAUGUCCUGGAGGGUUUCAAAAAGAAGUAUGAAGAAGAGGUGGUGUUCCGGGCCAACGCUGAGAAUGAGUUUGUGACCCUGAAGAAGGACGUGGACGCAGCUUUCUUAAACAAGUCUGAUCUGGAGGCCAACGCAGACUCCUUAACCCAGGAUAUUGACUUCCUGAAAGCCUUGUACAUGGAGGAGAUACAGCUGCUGCAGUCACACAUCUCAGAGACGUCGGUCAUUGUGAAGAUGGACAACAGCCGGGACUUGAACCUCGAUGGCAUCAUCGCUGACAUCAAGGCCCAGUACGAGGAGAUCGCCAGGCGCAGCCGGGCGGAUGCGGAGGCCUGGUACCAGACCAAGUAUGAGGAGAUGCGGGUGACAGCUGGACAGCACUGUGACAACUUGCGCAACACCCGGGACGAGAUCAACGAGCUGACCCGCCUGAUCCAGAGGCUGAAGGCCGAGAUCGAGCACGCCAAGGCACAGCGGGCCAAGCUAGAGGCCUCCGUGGCCGAGGCGGAGCAGCAGGGCGAGGCGGCCCUCUCCGACGCCAAGUGCAAGCUGGCCGACCUGGAGGGAGCCCUGCAGCAGGCCAAGCAGGACAUGGCGCGGCAGCUGCGUGAGUACCAGGAGCUGAUGAACGUCAAGCUGGGCCUGGACAUCGAGAUCGCCACCUACCGGCGCCUGCUGGAGGGCGAGGAGAUCCGCAUCUGCGAAGGCGUCGGACCCGUAAACAUAUCCGUGAGCAGCUCCCGGGGCGGCCUGGUGUGCGGGCCCGAGUCCCUGCCCUGCGGUUCCGGUUUCUCCCGUGGCGGCGUCACCUUCUCUGGCAGCAGCGGGGUCACCUUCUCCGGUGGCAGCAGCAACGUCCGCUAUGGAGGCGUCGGCGCCUGUGGCUCCAACCUGGGGGCUGGCUCCCGGGGGGGCUCCGUGCUGGUGGGUGAGGCCUGCAGCCCCAGCCUCCCCUGCCCGCUGCCCACCGAGGGGGGCUUCAGCAGCUGCAGCGGGGGGCGCACCAGCCGCAGUUCCAGCGUCCGCUUCGCAUCCACCACCACGUCCCGCAGGACCAAGUACUGAGCCGGCCACCACGUGU